CUGAGCAUCUGUACAAGAGUAAGGAUAGGCAAAAGAAAAGAAGAGAACGAUUUGCUUUGUCCAAUCAUCGCCCUCUCGAUAUCAAUCAUGGGUGCUGGUCAUGCAGCGUUAAUCAGCCUGAGGGCACUGGCCCUCGUGGUUACAAUGGGAGUGGUUGCAUUGACUGCGUGGUCAAAAAUCAUCAUCAUCGACAUCGAGAACCGCGGAGCUAGCGUAGUCGACACUAUGAUCUUCAACACAGAGCAAGACCGUGAAGAUUGGCGGCUAUUCUUCUCCACUGUUCUAGACAACGGCUUCAAAAUCUGGAUAGCCCUUGCAUGCGGCUCCUUCACUUUCCUAGCAACCCUAACAGUCCUCCUCUCAAACCUUUUCACAAAACUUUUCACAAAACUCCACCUCCGCCCCCUAAUCACCACCAUGCUCCAAGCUCUCGCAUUCCUCGCCACAACAACUGCCUUCGCAUUCACCCUCAGCGCAACCCUCGCCCUGACAAACUUCUCCUUCAACAUCGCUCCCUCCAACCCCCCACCCCAAAUGAUCUACCUCUCAACAUCUACCUCCCGCGCCCUGAAAUCCUUCUCCGCAAUGCCACCCUUCUCGCAAACCUACACCAUCGCCUCCGGCUCCGCAGGCCUACUCCUCCUUACAACCACCAUCGCGUCAACCAUCCAAAUCGUGCAGAACAACCGAAGCACGAAAGCGUGCUCAUUCGAACCCACGGCGUCUACGCUCGGAAUGAGCCACGGGUACCAGGCUAGCGCCCCACUUACAGAUGCAUCCCCUGCAUCUUCAGUAUACGGGGAGGUACCAGGGAUGUACGAUCCACUGAGGCCUGCGCCUGUGGCGAUGAUGGACGAAGAGAAGGGGCUGAUCGGAGGCGCCGCGGAUAUGGGAGGCCGUUAUUCGAGGGAGAGCGAUAGGAGCGGGGUCGAUGCGGGGAUUUCGGGACCGUUGGGGUUGAGGAGGCCUGAGGAGGCUGUAAUGGCUAGGCCGGCUAGACCGUGGAGUGAGAUGCCCAAACAGAGAUAG